CGUGGCAUGCCUAGACAUGUCCGUACAUUGAAUACAUGAAUACAAUAGAACGUCCCGGUCGAGGGGAUUCAAUAAAAGCACAUGGCAACCAGACAGCUGCUUCAUUUCAGAAAUCAAACACCGAGCUGUGUACGUGAAAGGAAAAACGCUUGCUAAAGAAAAUGCCUUUGGCUAAAGACUUACUCCACCCAACUCUCGACUUUGAGAGGAGGCAACAUAAGAAGAAGAGACUGGUACAGAAUCCAAAUUCUUACUUCAUGGAUGUGAAAUGCACAGGUUGCUAUAAAAUCACAACAGUGUUCAGCCAUGCCCAGACAGUGGUGUUGUGUGUUGGGUGUGCCACAGUGCUCUGCCAGCCCACAGGAGGAAAGGCCAGGUUAACUGAAGGUUGUUCUUUCCGCAGAAAGCACUGAUGACAAUUAAAUUGGAUCUUUUGAAUAAAAAGAAAUUGUUCUCUUUUCAUUGAUUGCAAUGAGUGAAAUGCCACUACAGUGAUUAUUAUGUGGAAGACUAUUUCUACUGUAUCACUUUUCUGAAUAAAGUCUGAGCAGUGCA